GGAUCUCUUAGUUUUAAUAUUAAUGUGCAAUAGUACAAUAUGAUCUGUUUUAACACCUUUAUAUUGCUUUUCUUCUACUUGCAGCGAUGACGUUUCAGUCAAAUGUGGUCAGCUCUCAGCCUCAGGUCACUGUUACGCAGUACUCUAUGUCACCUGGAUUAACAGACUGGAGUUCAAAUGUGUGCGACUGCUGUGAAGACUGUGGGAUCUGUCUUUGUGCAACCUUUGUCCCAUGUAUCCUGGGCUGUAAAGUGGCUCAGGACAACGGGGACAGCUGCUGCCUGCCCUUCCUUCCAGGGGCCAUGAUUGCUCUAAGGACAAGCAUACGCAGCAGAUACCACAUUGAAGGCUCAGUGUGUGAUGACUGGGUCAUCAUGGCCUGCCUGCCUCUAUGUGGACUUUGUCAAAUGGCACGGGAGCAGAAGAGGAGAGGAUAA